AUGCUGGGCCAGCCAGUACAACCGGAGGCCUUUGAUGAAGUGACGAUCUACUUCAGUGACAUCGUGGGCUUCACGACGAUUUCUGCAAUGUCUUCCCCUUUUCAGGUGGUCGACCUGCUCAACGAUCUCUACACCAUGUUCGAUGCCACCAUCAACGACUAUGACGUGUACAAAGUAAGUAUAGUACCAAAUAGUGCCUCAGACGGUUAG